AUGACUGACAGAAAAGCCGUUAUUAAAAAUGCCGAUAUGUCGGAGGAUAUGCAACAAGAUGCUGUCGAUAUUGCAACGCAAGCAUUAGAAAAAUAUAACAUUGAAAAAGAUAUAGCAGCAUAUAUCAAAAAAGAAUUUGAUAAAAAAUAUAAUCCAACGUGGCAUUGUAUUGUUGGCAGAAAUUUUGGUUCAUAUGUUACACAUGAAACAAAACAUUUUAUUUAUUUUUAUUUGGGUCAAGUAGCCAUAUUAUUAUUUAAAUCUGGUUAA